AUGGAAUUUUAUACUAAAACACAUCAAGAGGAAAAAUUAAUCCUAGACCGGUUGAGAAAAUGGUCUAGGAUUGAAGGGAGCAUCUUACAACAGAAAGUCAGCAUCAACUGGAUUACUUUGGGGGACUCCAAUUCAAAAUUCUUCUUUACUGCAGUGAAGGUGAGAAAUACAAGGAAUAAGAUAACAAUGAUUCAUAGUACCCAAGGUGACCUCUUGACUGAAACUACAGCUAUUCAAAAUGAAAUUACAAGUUUUUACAGAAAGCUUCUUGGGUCAAGCACAUAUCAGCUGGAGGUUAUUGAUCUAAGGGUUGUGAGAGAGGGUCCUAGGUUGAAGUAUGAAUUCUGCUGCCUACUAAUGCAAGUUGUGACCACCACAGUUGACCUAGCUCUUGCUUCCAUUAAUGACUCAAAAGCUCCUGAAUUGGAUGUCUUCAAUGCAGUUUUCUUCAAGAAAACUUGGCAUAUCAUUAAACAUGACAUUUAUGUUGUUGUUCUAGAGUUCUUUGACAAGGUGUAUAUUCAUAAAGCAGUCAAUUGUACUACUAUUACACUGAUUCUUAAAAUGGAAAAUGCCUUGUAUGCAAAAGAUUACAGACCUAUUGCAGCUGCUCUAUUAUGUAUCAGCUGA